CUUAGAAUAUUAACCACGGAUAGGUGACGUCACCGUCACUUGGACGACGUCAUCGUCACCUUCAUGACGUCAUCGCCUCCUGACGUACAGGAUCUGCUGGAGUGGGAUUGUUGUGAUCGGCGCCGCUGAGGAGAAACUCACCGUCAGGCCCUCGCCCUCGCCUCCUCCAGGAUCUUCAGGGCAGGUGUGACAUGGAAGAAUAAUUCAGUAGAACAUUAAGCACAACGAUGGCCCUGUACGGAGAGAACGUUCGCUCGCCCCUCGAGCAAGUCUGGCGACAGUUUGUCCCUCAGGGUUAUGAUCAAGCUCUACGCAAUGCCUUCUACAAUGUGGCUGCAAUUGUGUUUGUUGGCUGUGUUGCUGCUGCUGCCUGGUCUGUUUACAUGAUCUUCCAGCCAUUCGUACAGCCUCUGCUGUGGGCAGUUCUGUGUGGGUCGUUACUUCAUCCUGCGAAGCACACAGUGACCACAUGGACUCAAGGAUGGCUGUCAGAGGUGCAGUCUACUCAUGGUCUCCUCUCCUUUGCUAUAGCUUUGUUACCUCUACGCCUUCUUGACACCAUCUCGGAAGUUGUGGGCAGGUUUGUGGUGCGUCAUGUUCGGAGUGUUGUGAUGGUGACGGUAAUCCUACCUGUGGUGUACAUCAUUAUCCACCACACCCCAGAGGUUCUCACCAGCUUUGCAUAUGCCACCUUCUCGUGCCUCUGUUACUUCAUCACUGCUGUUGUCUCGAUCGUCACCACUAAUGGAUAUAUAGCAUUGGCACUGGUGCUCGGGUACCUUGGAGCAGUGAUGUUCUGCUGGUCAGGCAAGACGGCUGACGUGUUGGGACGCCUUAGUCUUGUUGUCUGGCUUGUUGCGGCAGCUGGUGUUGCAGGGCUAUGGCCAGCUGGGAGCGUGCCUGUCUUCUUGAUCCUGUGUCUCCUGCUUGUCGCUGGCCUAUGUACGGAGGUCCUUGAUGUGCAUGCUGCUCUUAAGUCAUCCACAGAAGAGGAAGGGGCAAGCUUGCUGGAGGCUGCUGUGUUGGUGUGUCUCAGAAGUGAUCGUCUGCAAGAACUGUCUGCCCUUCCUCUUGAGAAUACUCCUGAUAAUCAUGAGAAAAGUACAUCACUCUCACCUGUAGCUGAAGAAUCGGUCAAUGAUGUUGGAGAGCACUCUUCAGAUUCUCAACUUUCGACUAUCCCAGAGAUAUCUGCAGCAUCCUCGAUCAAGCAGGAUUCUGGAGGUUCAGCCGCCGACACAGACACGAUCCAGGAUAAUGAGGAGAAACCGACUGAUGGAGACUCAAGUGGGGCAUUGCAGGAUCAAGUAGAGAAGGAGGAAUUGGCCUCAUCUAGUGAUAAGGCCCAAGAUGAAGAGAAACUGCAAGCACCUGCAAAGGAUCUGUACUUGACCCCCAUGGUGGACACCCCUCGGCCUCGAGUUCUCCUCAGUUCUGGUGUUCCAUCCCGUGCCACAUCUUCCCAUACUUUGACCAGUCUGGAUGGCAGCACCUCGAGAAUAAGUAGCGAUGAUGAGAAUGGCAGCAACAUUUAUCUUAAGGGAGUGUUUGUGGCAUGUAUCCUGGUGGAGCUGUGGCAGCACAACUACCUACUACCGCUUCUGCCUCUGGCAAUUAUUUACUACUUUGUUAAGAAAAUUGCCUCAAGAUAUCUGGCCUGGAGUCUCGAGAAUGGCAAUGCAGUUUCGACCAUCAUCAGUACUGCGCGCAGCAAUGUAGCGGCUUUUGCAGAGGCUCGGAGAGCUGCCUUCUUCCCACCCCCAGUCAAAGGUGUUGCAAAGUUACUAGUGAGAAGUGAUCAUCAUUUAGUGGUGGCCCUGUCGACAGCAGUGGAUGCCAUCGUGUCGCUUCUCCUUAUAUUAGCUGUAAUCUUCUUUGCUGUGACAGCUUCUGUUUUCUUGGCAGUUCAGAUCCAAGGAGAGAGCAUGGCGCUGGUCACUUUGGGGAGUCAGGUGAUCAACUCCACUGUUGUGAACAACCCCCAGUUCCUGGCACUCCUCCCCGAGGGUCUUGGAGAGGUGAUGAGCUCUGCACUGGAUGAGGGCUACUUGUAUGGCCGUGAAUGGAUCGCCAGCAUGGUUCGAGGGAUGUUGGGAGAGACGGAUGAAGACAAGGCCAUUCAACUGGAGAAGCAGGGACAAAGCGAUGUACGAACAUCAGACUUGACAGGAAGCUUCAAGAGAGCCAUGUGUCCUCAACUCAUGCAGAGUGAAUAUCUUGCAUCUAGCUGUGUAACGCUACGAGAUGUUCACACUCCUCACCAACCAACACCAAUUUUGGUUUCUUUGGUUGUUGAACUGUGGGACCGAAUUUAUCAGGCUUGGGUAGCAGCACAUCCCCUACCACCAGCACGAGGCCCAGUCGUUACCUCAGAAGCCGUGGCAAUGACCUUUGAUUCCCUCGUUGAAGGUCUCCGCAAGACUCCAGGUGUGGUGAGCUUCACUUUUGUAAGUGAAGUGAUCCGUGACAACUUGGGGACGGUUGUGAGCGUGCUGGAGUCAGUGUGGUCCAUUCUCCUGGGCAACCUGAGCUUGGCUAUGUCUGCGCUCACAGCCGCUGCCUCCCUCCUGCUUGGUGGUUCACUCUCGCUGCUCAAUGCUCUCAUCAGUGUGGUUAUCUUCAUGUCAUCACUAUUUUAUGUGCUGAGUGCAAGUGAUUGUGUUUACAAGCCAGUAGCGAUCCUGGCCAAUCUUGCCCCUGGUCAGAUGAAUCACUUGGGAAAGGCUGUGGAGGAUGCUGUGAAUGGGGUGUUCAUUGCCUCUCUGAAGAUGGGUGCCUUCUAUGGCAUGUGGACCUGGCUUCUACAUUCUCUCUUCUCUACAAAUAUUGUUUACAUUCCAUCAGUGCUAGGAGCAGUGUUUGGUGCAGUACCUCUGGUGGGAACUUACUGGGCAGCUAUACCCGGAGUGCUGGAGCUGUGCUGGAGUCGGGGUUCUCCGACACUGGGUGCUCUGCUCUUCGGUGCUCAGCUGCUACCCAUGUCAUGUGUUGACACUGCUAUCUACUCUGAUAUUAAAGGAGGCAGUCAUCCCUACUUGACGGGUCUGGCUGUUGCUGGUGGCAUCUUCUACUGGGGUGUUGAGGGGGCCAUCCUGGGCCCGUUACUAUUGUGCAUUCUGAAGGUGGCCACCAAUAUGUACUCCACACUUAUCCAGUCUCCGGGAGAUAUUACACGGCGCUUCUCCAGACUUCGCAGGAACCCUACUAUUACUUGAGAGCUGACCCUGGACUCAGAUCCCAGAGUGAGUUGGCCAUCUAGGGAUGACACCUAGGUAAUCCCAAGGGAUGUUGUCCAGUCUGCUCCUUCACAGUCUACUGCUUCAAAUGGCCAAAAUGUACACACACUGAGGGAUCUCAUGUCAAUAUUCUCCCACUUUGACCGUUUGUAAAAGCUCUCUUUUAAACUCGAAUUAUUCCAAUAAUCUGCUGGUGCCUUGUGAAGUGCAGCAGUUGAACAGACACAACUAAGAAGACUACUGCAACAUUGAGGAGAAAGAUCUUUUAGCCAAUAUUCUUUAAUUUUAGUUUUUUAAAAGUCCAUUGUGUCUUGAAAUGUACAGUUGUGACAAUUGUUUGAGAUAUUACAGUUAUUGUAUAAUUAUUAUUACGUUACAAAUUCAUUAACUACACAAGUGUUGACUUAUUAGAUCGGUAAUUAUGAUAGUUGAGAAUAUUUCUUAUUCCACCUUGUUUGAGGUAGUUUGAGAGAGAACACAAACUGAAGUAGAUUAAUUAAAUAUGUUUGUGAUGUAGUCUAUAUUCUGCUCCUCUUCAACAUUCAAAUUUCAGUAAUAUGAUCAGUCACAUGCACAAAUUUAUUAUAAUAGAGGUACACACAAAAAAUAUUACUUAUUAGUAUUCUUAAAGGGUGUGUAUAAUUAAACGAUAAGAAGCUUUUGUCAAGAAAACAUUGAUUGACAUGCUUUGUUUAUGUUAUCUCAGCUUUGAAAAAGUACUUAUUUCUAGUAUUAAGGUUUUCAAGCAUGUAGGGGAGUCAUACAGUGAUUGUGUCAGUGUUGACUUGCUCUAGGUGUAUGGUGUGGCCUAAGCUUUAACUUAUAUCAAAGAUUUAAACGACCUUCAUCCUGCCUUCCACAGUUUUUUAGAUGGCAGGACCAGCUGAGAUGAAUAAGCUGAGCUAAAACCUUUUACACAACAGCUGUGUUACAUUAACUAGCAGAUGGUUAAGUUUACUAAGUGCAGGAACUGACUGACUUGGGUGCGCCAUAUACAACCCCACCUGGUCAUGGGAACAGGAUCGGGUACACCAAAUCAGGAACAUUAACAACAUUACCAGUUGAGUGGUCAGCUCUUGUAUGUAACUGGUGGGUGUAAGAGCAGCUUCCUCCACUCACAUUUCGGUUUUAAGCUAACAUAAUUUACUUUCCCCCCAUCUGUGAGAAAGUACCAACAUAAAGGAGUAAUGCACAUAUGCUAAUUAUGGUAAAUAAACUUUAUUGUGGAACUAAUCAGUCAGAGCGCUCCUGCUAAUGUUCUUUAUUUCUGAGCUAGAGACCCACAGUACUGAGGCCCUGAGCUAGAAACAUCAGGUCUUGUAUACUCACAGCUGUUGAAGGUAGCUUAAAAUUACAAGUUUAAGUAGCUUAGAAAAAUAUUUUUAUUAUUAUUUAUAUGGGAAAUUUACUUUGAAUUUUAAACAUUUUUUGUUUAUUCUUUGAAAGGCAAUUUAUAUGGUACAUAAUGUGCACUGUUGCUUGUCCGUCCCUUCUAUCAGUUGCAGACUUGAUCUUAGACGUAAUGUUUUGUAACAUUACAUAACAUUUGUUAUGUAAACCUUUAGCUAGCAGAAUAUAUUGCCAUUCCUUCUCUCGGCUCUAGUCCGUGCCCAGCAUGUCAAGCUUCACAUCAUAUCAAGUUAAUAUUUCUUCUUCACCUCAGACUCAAAAUAUGUAAUUGUAUUUGCUAGCUAUUGGAAUGCUUCACUCAUAUUCAUCUUGCUUUUAAAUCAACAAUAGAAGAUGCUAAGUGUUCACUCACUUGUUUAUGAGAAUGAAGUGUGGUGAUGUGGUAGUGAUGUUAGUGCCUGAGAUAGCCUCUGCUCAUGUCGUCUUGCCUCAUAUAUGUAAAAUGGUACAAUUGGGUCAUAUUAUUCCUAAUUUUCUUCACAAUUAUAUUCUUUACUAACCACGUGAUGAGUAAUGCGAAAUGAUUCCCUUCCAGUAUGACACUACACAUGAUAGUGUGUAUAGUGUCAGUGUAUUAUCAUUUCCUCAUGAUAAUACCUAUGUUUACUUCUUGGUCAUAUGUAGUUCUUAACAUGUAUUCUACGUUUACCAAAGUAGUGAGGUCUUUUCCUUCAUCCGAGUCCUCCAUCCUAUACAGGUGUUUUCUUUCAUUACCACUACUAGACAUGACAAUCUACAAAUAUACUGCCCAUAUGCCAGACAUUCAUCCCAAAACCAUGGACAAAUUUUCCGCACUAAGAACACCACCUUCCUCUUCCCCUCUUAUAUUAGACAUGCUCCAUUCCAUGGUGCAAACAUGCUUUCUUCAUUUUCAUAAAUACUACCCAUAAUAUCACUACACAAAGAAUGCCGCAAACACAAUUUCCAUACAGACGGCUUGUGAUUUGAAUCCACAAAUUUACACAUUUGUGGAGUUGAACUGGUAAGCCUUUUAUCCCAAGAUUUGACGUGCAUAGAUGAAUUUUGGAGUUAAUCUGGCUGAAAACAGAUAUAAGAACAUUAGUACGCAUUAAUUGUGCUAUAGACAGCUGUGGUGCAUUCUCUGACCUCUGUAGCAUUCACGUGUUUUCAAACUUUUUGGGCUGUAGUUAUGUAGCCUUGCACUUUCCAAGCAUUCUUAGUUUCAUUAUAUGCUGAAUUUGUGGCUAUAAAAUGGAAAAAAGAACUUGUUAUUAAUUAUAAAAAAAAAAGUAUUGUGUUGAGUAAGGAGUUCAACAAAUUUUAACAUUUUGUAUAUGUCUGAAACCUGACCCCCCUUUUCCCAUUGUGCUUAGAGUUUGAUUUGUGCAGUUUUGGA